GUCCAACUAACAGUAAAGUAUUAUUAAAAAAACCAAAAACCAAACCAAUGUGCAAGUGAUAUACUAUUUACUAUAUAUAUAUAUUUGUAGAAAGAAAAGAAAAGAAAAGAAAAGAAGAAAAGGGGCCCUUACAUUAGAAGCUAAUGUCAUCUGCGUGGUCAGGCAGCCCCAUCCUCCCAAUUAUCUCCUCCUUUUAUAUUCAUCUUUUUUCACUCCCAAUAUCCCACCAUUACCAUACACAAAAAAGAAACCCUUCACAUAAAUUUUCCUUUUUCAUUAUUAUUCUUCAUUUCAUCAUAAUCAUGUUGAAGAAAUCUUCUUCUUCUUCUUCUAGUGGCCUUCCUCUUCCUCCUCCUCCUCCUCCUCCUCCUCCUCCUCCUUCCAAUUCUGACCAAUAUGCCAUCACCAGCAAAAGAAAAAGAAGACCCGCAGGCACUCCAGAUCCGGAUGCGGAAGUGGUUUCUUUAUCUCCAAAAACGCUUCUUGAAUCGGAUCGGUAUGUAUGUGAGAUAUGCAAUCAAGGGUUUCAAAGGGAUCAGAAUCUUCAGAUGCACCGGCGGCGUCACAAAGUGCCUUGGAAGUUGCUGAAGAGGGCGGAGACGACGGGGGAGAGUGUGAAAAAAAAGGUGUUUGUUUGUCCGGAGCCGACGUGUCUCCACCAUGAUCCUUGUCAUGCGCUUGGUGAUCUAGUGGGUAUAAAAAAGCACUUCCGGAGAAAACACAGCAACCAAAAACAGUGGGUUUGUGAUAAGUGCUCUAAGGCUUAUGCUGUUCAUUCUGAUUUCAAAGCUCACCUCAAAACUUGUGGCACUCGUGGCCACUCUUGUGAUUGUGGUCGUGUCUUUUCCAGAGUGGAGAGUUUCAUAGAGCACCAAGACAAUUGCAAUCUCCGCCAGAUGGGGUCCGAUCAGUUGCAGCCGGUGGCACGGUCGCCACCACCGCCGCCACUGUUAUUGCAACCCUAUAGCUCACGAUCAGUUUCUUACACCGGCGCCUCCACCAGCAAAGAUCAUAGCUUUCAAAUGGCUACUCCAUUACGAGGGUUUCCAAUCUUAUCAUCAAACUCAGAUCGAAACAUCAACAUUAAUUUACCCGAUCACCACGAUCUCGAGCUUCAUCUCUCUUCUCCAAGCUCAGCUUUUCUAAAGCUUUCAAUUGGGUCUAACAAAGAACCGAACGACGAGCGUCAGCUCGAGCUAGCAAUAGCGGAGAAGGCAUAUGCAGAUGAAGCAAGACGAGAGGCGAAACGACAAAUUGAAAUCGCUGAGGUCGAGUUUGCAAAUGCCAAAAUGAUACGGCAGCAAGCUCAAGCCGAGUUGGAGAAAGCAAGGAUCUUGAAGGAAGAAGCAAGCCGGAAAAUGAGCUCCACCAUUAUGGAAAUCACUUGCCAAACUUGCCGGUUGCAUUUUCACAUGAGCUCUGUCGUGCCCGAGGAAACCUCACUCGCCAUCAGUUACAUGUCAUCUGCCACGACAGAGGGUGAUGGCGAGUGAAGUAUAUUUAAAGAGUCUAGAACAAUGUGAUUAAGAAUAUGUCGACCUUGUUGAGAUAUUCGGGUGCAUACUAACCUACCUCGUAUCUUCUUUUAAAAACAUCUAACAAUUUUUUUAAAAAAAAGUAAUUUGAUCGAAAGUUUUAGAAGAAGUCGCCCUAAUAUCCGUUUGAUCAAAAAAUUUCUACAUCUAACAGUGUAGAAUGAUCAACAACUAUAUUGUUCUAGUCUCUUUAAACAAUAUCACCAAAAUCAUAUGAUUUUUCAAGACGACACAACUUUUAGGGUUAUUAAUUUUUGAAGAUAUCGUCUCGUAAAAUACGACACAAAAUUCAACAAUUGAAUCAAGAUAUGGAGGUACAUUGGAUUAAAAUUGUGUAGGGUUUGGUAAUUUUGUUGUUUGUGUGUAUUUGUAUUUUUUUUCCCUCUUCUUUCUUUUUAGACUCAUGAUUUUGUUGAAUUAUUGUAUAUGUGAUGAUUAUUGCAGUGUCUCGAGGGGCGAAAAACUUGAGGUGUUAGGUUUUAAUAAUUUAUGUUGGUUUUUAGCUGCAAAGAAAAAUCCAUUGUUUGAAUUCUUCAAAAGUACAAUAAUAAUAUAAAAGAAUCACUCAUUAUUGU